AUGGCCGGGAAUGCUGUCUGCAUUCUACUGAAUAAACUUGAAAAUUGGCUACAGGAAGAAAUGAACUUGCCGGCAAAGAUUAACAUGGGGGUCGAAAGCUUGAGAGGUGAAUUCGAAACCAUUAGCGCACUUCUGAAGGAUGCUGAUACCAAAAGAGAGCACAAUCACCUAGUCAGUGUCAGGCUUCAAGAAGUUCGAGAUGGAGCUUAUGACAUCGAAGAUGUUCUUGACACUUUUACGUUCCACAUGGCUCAACAGUCUAUUAUCCACAGCCUUGAGCUCCUCACCCAAUGGAGAGCACGCCACUCCAUCAAUGAACUAAUUGAAGAAAUUAACAUGAAACUCAAAAGCAUCAAAGAGACAAGGGAGAGAUAUUAUAACAUGAGUUCCUCCCAAGCCUCAAGUUCAGUUAUUGGAAAUGACACAUACCUUUAUCCAAGAAUAGCUUCUCUGUUUGCUGAAGACACUGAUAUUGUGGGGAUUGAAAAGCCUAAGCAGAAACUGAUUUCUUGGGCACUAGGAGGGAGGCAAAGUCUCCAGGUGGUGUUUGUAGUCGGAAUGGGAAGAUCAGGCAAAACAACUCUCGUUAAGAAAGUGUACGAUAGGGUGAAGGAUGAUGGAUUUGAGGGCCAGGCUUGGAUCACUGUUUCAAGGUCAAAAAAGAAACUGGAGCUCUUAUGGAGGAUGUUCACUGAACUCUACAAUCCAACAGUCGAGCCAACUCCCCAGAACCUCUCUUACUUCAACGAGGUUGACCUGACGAACAAACUAAGGGAGCAUCUGCAAAACAAAAGGUAUGUUGUAGUUUUUGAUGAUUUGUGGAUUAAAGAUGUUUCGGAAACCAUUAGAUAUGCAUUACCUGGAGGUAAUCACAGUAGAAUAAUUGUCACUACACGAAGGGGCGAUAUAGCUUGUUCAUGUAGAGAGAAUUCUAUUGAUGUUUAUAACAUCCAGCCUCUUCCUAUGGAAAAGGCUAAACAACUCUUCUACAAGAAGGCUUUCCCAGAAAGUGGCAUAUGUCCUUUCGGGUUGGAGGUCUUGUCCCAAAGAUUCUUGACAAAAUGCGAAGGAUUGCCACUUGCAAUCUUUGAAGUCGCUAAAAUUCUGUCAAAUAGAGAGAAAUCUGAAUCUGUAUGGAAAAUAUUGCUUGAAAGCCUUGGAUCAGAGUUGAGCAGAACUGGCCGCCUUUCAAAUACCAUGAGAGUACUAUCUCUAAGUUACAAUGAUUUGCCAUACCAUCUCAAGUAUUGUUUUCUAUACUUGACCAUUUUCCCCGAGGAUAAUUACCCAGUUAGGUGCAGAGUAUUAAUUCGGCUGUGGAUAGCAGAGGGUUUUAUAAGAGCACAAACUGGUAAAGAACUAGAAGAUAUUGGAGAGGAAUCACAAAAAAACUUUGGUGACAGGAUCCGUCGAUUAUCUAUCCAAAGCGGUGGACUCAACAAGUUGCAUAGGAACUUUAAUCGCGUUCGCACACUUUUUAAGUUAGGUGUACCCUACAGCUCCAUUCCAGACUUGAAAUUAUUGAGAGUUCUGCAUCUGGAAGGUGCACCAUCGGAGACAUUUCCAAUGGAAAUUGUGAAUUUACUGCUCUUGAAGUAUCUGUGUUUGAGUAAGACCAAUAUCAAAAGCAUUCCCAAGUCUCUCGGGAAUCUUGGGUACCUAGAGACCUUGGAUCUUAAGCAAACUAGAGUGGUAAAGCUGCCCAAGAAAGUCCUCAAACUCGAGAAACUUCGGCAUUUGCUUGUUUAUCGCUCUGACAUACAACAUUAUACUACUUUUGAUUGUGUUAAAGGAUUCGAGGUAUCAGCAGAGAUCCAGACACCUAACUUACAAAAGCUAUCAUUCAUUAAGGCAAAUAGGCAUCACAAAGUGAUUCAAGGGCUAGGAAAUCUGACACAACUAAGAAAGUUGGGGAUCAUUGAUCUUCCAAGAGAAGAUGGGUCAAAAUUGUGCAAGUCAAUUGAACAGCUGCGAAGCAUCCAAUCCUUGAAUGUAACAUCAUUAAAAAAGGAUGAAGUUGUAGAUCUACAAGCAAUCACCAAUCCUCCAGCAUAUCUUUGA